GGCGUGGGCCAGUCAGGCUCAGCAUAGGUGUGACAAACUCACAUGUGCUGGGGACAAGACCAGAAGCAACUCUGAAUUAAGAUCGUUGGUUCUGAGGAGCCUCUAGAGCAGAGACCUGAAGAUGAGUGAGCUCGCUCAGCUGCGGCAGGAGGCCAAGCAACUGAAGAACCAGAUUAGAGAUGCUCCAAAAGCGUGUGCAGAUGCAACUCUCUCGCAGAUCACAAACAACAUUGACCCAGUGGGAAGAAUCCAGAUGCGUACCAGGAGGAUACUGCGCGGGCACCUGGCCAAGAUCUAUGCCAUGUUUUGGGGCACAGACUCCAGACUUCUUGUCAGCGCCUCCCAGGAUGGAAAACUCAUCAUUUGGGACAGUUACACCACAAUCAAGGUCCACGCCAUCACUCUGCGCUCCUCCUGGGUCAUGACCUAUGCCCCUUCUGGGAACUAUUGCUGCGGAGGCCUGGACAACAUUUGCUCCAUUUACAACCUGAAAACACGCGAAGGGAAUGUCCGUGUGAGUUGUGAGCUGGCAGGACAUACAGGUUACCUGUCCUGCUGCCUAUUCCUGGAUGACAAUCAGAUCGUCACCAGUUGUGGAGAUGCCACAUGUGCUCUGUGGGACAUAGAGACCACGUUUACUGGACAUACUGGAGACGUCAUGAGCCUGUCUCUCGCUCCUGACACCAGACUGUUUGUCUCUGGUGCUUGUGACACUUCCUCCAAGCUCUGGCAUGUCAGAGAAGGAAUGUGCAGACAGACCUUCACAGGCCACGAGUCUGACAUCAAUGCCAUCUGUUUCUUUCCAAAUGGCAAUGCAUUUGCCACUGCCUCAGAUGAUGCCACAUGCAGGCUGUUUGACCUCGGUGCAGACCAAGAGCUCAUGACCUAUUCCCACGACAACAUCAUGUGUGGGAUAACCUCUGUCUCCUUCUCCAAGAGUGGAUGCCUUCUCCUCGCUGGGUACGACGACUUUAACUGCAAUGUCUGGGACGCACUCAAAGCCGACAGAGCAGGUGUCUUGGCUGGACACGACAACCGCGUCAGCUGCCUGAGGGUGACUGAUGAUGGCAUGGCUGUGGCAACAGGGUCUUGGGACAGCUUUCUCAAGAUCUGGAACUAACGCUACUAGCAGGUGAACGCCAGGGUGACUGGAAGACCAUUCCACCCUCGAAGCGAGACAGCGAUAGCAUAUCCUAUCCGACCAUCCUAACGCGGCACCCACACCUCCCCUCAGAACCUCAAAGGGCAAGAUCUCUUCUCCUUUCACUUACUGCUGAAACC